AUGCCUUCUCUUCGCAACAUCCUCCGCAAAAAGGAGGAUGUAACCGACAACUCACCACCAAGAGCUCCCCGCGCAGCCCCAAUCCCAACAUCUCCGCCGAAUCCCGAGAUCACCUUCCUCCGAUCUGACACCUUUGGCCACGAGGUCAUUACACCACCGUCCCACAAAGAUGAUCCUCCGCAGUCUCCGUCUUACUCGCCUACCCCCUCAAACUCGCUAGGCUCCCCACAGGCGAGCUCUAAUACAUCACGCCGAAGCUUCCAGAUCUUCAACCGAUCCUCUCGUUCAGAGUCCCUCUCCAGUCCUUCAUCACCACGCCCACAACGCGAACACCGACUCUCAAACCUUCUGCAUCGUGAGAAUAAACGCAGCCGCAGUGACUCUCGGGACUCCUCGGCAAAUAUCCCGCUGGAUUUACCACAAAUUGCGGAUGAUGAAGGGGGCGAUAAGCAAGAGAGAGAGGCGCUGUGGGAGAAGAGGGCUACCGUGCUUGCGACGCAUAACCCGAAGUUUGGCCAGGGACUAGGGUCUCCAUUGGCAUCUGAGUUUGAUCUAUCAGGAGGUGGCUUUGGGCAAAGGAGUAGAGGUAAUUCGAGAAGCUCGAGCCAUAGUCGGAUGGGGGAUGCGCAAGAUGAUGUCAAUAUCCAGGAGGCGAUCCGGUUACAUGAAUCAGGUGAUUUGGAAAGAUCUACACAGAUGUUCGGCCAGCUGGCGAACCCACAUGGCGCAAAUAAUCCACUCAGUCAAGUUUUAUAUGGACUUGCUCUUCGACAUGGUUGGGGUUGCAACAAAGAUGAGGCACAAGCAGUAACUUAUCUGUCUGCCGCAGCGUCUAACUCAGCUGCCGUUGAAUCCGAGGCACUACGUGCGGGUAUGAAAAAAGGCGGCGCUGCUAAAGGAGAACUUGUACUUGCAAUUUUCGAAUUGGCCAACUGCUUCCGUAACGGUUGGGGUGUUGGCAAAGACCCCGCUGCCGCGAGGCAAUACUACGAGACGGCAGCGAACUUGGGUGAUACUGAUGCUAUGAAUGAGGUUGCUUGGUGUUACCUCGAAGGAUUUGGUGGGAAAAAAGAUAAGUUCAAGGCCGCGAAAUAUUAUCGACAGGCAGAGGAAAGCGGAGCCCCAGCUGUCGGGAUGUCAUGGAUUUGGAAGGAGAAGUAUAAUCCCCACUGA